AUGCCCGCUCCUGUAAUGGCGAAAGCGAAGGCGCCGGCACGGGCAAGUCCGAUGGGAAAGAACAUGAAGUCCCCGCCAUUCAAACGAAAGUCAGCGCCGAACGGAAGUAUCCUCAGCUUCUUCAAGAAAGAACCGCUUCCAGAGGAGUCUAUGUUUGUGAGCGGCUUGCCGGAUUGUGCAGACAGCACGCCUUCAAGUCGGGGUGGGGACGACAAAGUCUUCAAUGUCGAUGAGCCCGCAGAGAGCAACUGCGAGUUCUCUGUGUCGGUCAAGAGGCAAAAGCUGGAUGCGGAGCAAACGGUUUGCAUGACCUCAGACGUAUCAGAGAUGACAAGGCAAAAAGGUUCGACACUGAGCAAGCCUAGCCAACGUGGCCCCUUUCUAGACGACUCUGAUUCGGACGAGGACGAAAGUCCUGAAGCCGAGCCUGUGGCGGGAAAAGAAGCAUCGGUGCUCGAAAACGGGAAAGACCAGCCCGAACAUCUUAAGCGGGCAGACAGUCCUGUAUGUCCGACUGGAGAGGACUCGUUUGACGCGCUGCUGCAACCGCUGGCGUUGGCUGCGGAUGCGGAUGCGAAAACAGAGACGUUUGGCGACGACGAUUUUGGCGAUUCUCUUUGGGACAACUUGGAUGAGGACGACAAUUUUGAUGGCGAGGAGUUUCGCGAAAGGAGAUUCAUGGAAGAGCAGGGCCAGCUUGAAGCUGCAGAGGCGAGAGAUGCCCUGAGCCGUGACGGCGGCCAGUCUUCUGUUGCCUCCUGUCCAAUAUGCGGCACCAGUCUCGCCGGAAGUACCAGCAGCGAAGCAACAGUUCACGUUAACGGAUGUCUCGAUGGGCUGGCAGACGAGACACCGCCAGCUGCAGCAAAGGAGCAGCCGGAACAGGAAGCCAGCAGCAGCAAUCCAGAGCAGAAGCAGCAGGUGUCUGCCUUUGCCGCCCGGUUUAAUCGCAUGAGGCCUCCUCGCCCAGGCCAGGCAAAUCCAAUCACGAUCGACGGUUCUGGCGUUUCGGGCACCUCUGUGGCACCCAUGGCCACGUCGGCCUUUGCGAAGCUCAUGUCCAGCCACGCCGAAGACGCGGCGUGGGCGACAGCAGUGGCGCACGCAAACUCGUCUCGUGGACGGCAAAGCUACGAGCGGACUUGUCCGUUCUACAAGAUCAUGCCCGGCUUCUUCAUCUGCGUCGACGCCUUUCGCUACGGCCCCGUCGAGGGCUGCCGGGCCUACUUCCUCAGCCACUUCCACAGCGACCACUACGUCGGGCUCACGGCCAAGUGGUCUCACGGGCCGAUAUACUGCUCCAAGGUGACGAGUAGUCUCGUCAAGACACAGUUGGGCACUGCAGCCAAAUGGGUCGUUGCCAUCGAAUAUGAACAGACGGUCGAUGUUCCCGGCACUGGCGGUGUGCAGGUCACCAUGAUCCCCGCCAACCAUUGUCCCGGAAGCUCCCUGUUUUUGUUUACGAAAACGCUGCCCAACGGCCGGACACAGAGGAUCCUGCACUGCGGUGACUUCCGGGCGUGUCCUGCGCAUGUGCAGCACUCGCUUCUGCGACCGGAAACCCUGGAUGCCGUAACAGGCAAGACGAGACAGCAGAAAAUCGACGUCUGCUAUCUGGACACGACAUACCUCAACCCACGGUAUUCGUUCCCGCCACAGAAUGACGUGAUCGGCGCCUGCGCCAGUCUGUGUGCUGCGCUCGACCGCAGUUUGCGCUCGGGCACAGACGACGAGUGGGACAGGCUGCUCGGACGCCCCAAGAACCGCAGCGGAGGAGCUGGCAGCUUCUUUGUGCGGGGCGGAGCGGAGCCCAAGCCAUCCCCUGCAGCUGGGGUGCCAGCCAGCACCACCAACGCGCUCUCGAUCCUGGGCAAGCCCGCACCAAAGGGGAGCCGGUUGCUGGUCGUCUGCGGGACCUACAGCAUCGGCAAGGAGCGCAUCUGCGUGGCCAUUGCACAGGCGCUGGGCAGCAAGAUCUACGCGUCGCCAGCCAAGAUUCGCAUCAUGCAGCAGCUCGACGACCCAGAGCUGGCGGCACUGAUGACGUCGAACCCGGCCGAGGCCCAGGUGCACAUGCAGAUGCUGAUGGAGAUGCGGGCAGAGACGCUGGCAACAUAUCACGAGACGUACAGCGCACACUUUUCGCGCAUCGUCGGCUUCCGGCCAUCGGGCUGGAACUAUCGUCCGUCGAUGGCGAACAACGAGACCAAGGCACGCGAUGGCUCCUCGGGUGCGGCCGUGGCUGCCGGAGCCGGUCUUGCGCCCGGCAGCCUGACGACGACGACACUGCUGCAUGGCGCCGGCUGGCGGACACGCUUCGGCAUGCGCGAUCUGCUGCCGCAGCGUGGGAGCACCCGGGAGGCCAUGUGCUUUGGGGUGCCGUACAGCGAGCACAGCUCGUUCCGCGAGCUGGCCCUCUUUGUCAUGGCGCUGCGCAUCGACAAGGUCGUGCCGACUGUCAACGUGGGCAGCGAGCAGUCGCGGAGACGCAUGAAGGCCUGGCUCGACCGCUGGAUGACGGAGCGGCGAAAGGGCGGCAUCGUGGACGUGCUCUCGGAGGCGAACGGCAGCGAGCAGGAAACGGCACGCAGAGACGGUCGACAGCUGAUGUGGGACGGCAAGGACGGAAAGGGUGGCGGCGCAUAUUGGUGA